GGUAGUUUUACAUGGGAGGGUCAUACCUGCUAUAAUGCUGAGCAAGUAUACAGAUUUAACCAUCAACUCUUUGCGGUUCAGGAAGUAACGGGCUAGAGUGAAACAGAACUUUCUCGAAUAAAAGAGGACAACGUCAACUACUGGACGCUGUUUUCAAGAAGUCUCAAGUUGUGUUACACAGAGCAGGAGUGGAACUCCAGGAUGGAACACAUUAAAGAGGAACAGGGGGAACCACAGCCCCCCCACAUUAAAGAGGAAAAGGAGGAGCCACAGCCCUCUUACGUAAAAGAGGAAAAGGAGGAGCCACAGCCCUCCUACGUAAAAGAGGAAAAGGAGGAGCCACAGUCCUCCUACGUAAAAGAGGAAGAGAAGGAGCCACAGCCCCCCUACGUAAAAGAGGAACAGGAGGAUCAUAGCAUCAGUCAGGAGGGAGAGCAUCUUGAAGGACUGGAGGAGUUCCCGGUGGAGCCUUCAAGCAGCAGCUCAACUCAACACAUGACAACAGAAGCUGAUGGAGACCACUGUGGAGGAUCACAGGCACACAACCUCUUAGCUCCACUAUCAGAUAGUGACGACACAACGUCACACUCUCCUGACACUGAUGAUGAAGACUCUGAAGCUGAUAUGACAUGUCACACUGACAACACACGCUGGAAAUGCUCUCAAUGUGACAAAACCUUUGUUCACAAGGGAAAUCUGGAAAUGCACAAGAGACAUCACACAGGCGAGAAACCUUUCGCCUGCUCGGUUUGCGGUAAAAGAUUCAUUGCUAAGUCAAUUUUGAAAUCACACAUAAUGGUGCACACUGGAGAGAAACCUUUUCCUUGCACAGUGUGCGGUAAAAGAUUCUCUCAGCGGUCACGUUUGAAACUUCACACAAGAGUGCACACUGGGGAGAAACCUUUUCUUUGCACGUUGUGUGGUAAAAGCUUCAAGGAAAAAUGUGCUUUAAAAAAACACACAAGAGUACACACUGGAGAGAAACCAUUUACUUGCAUGGUGUGUGGUAAGCAUUUUUCCCAGCAGUCAUAUUUGAAAGUUCACACUAGAGUACACACCGGAGAGAAACCUUUUCCUUGCAUGGUGUGUGGGAAAAGGUUUUCUCAAACAAGUGUUUUAAAAACACACACACGAGUACACACCGGAGAGAAACCGUUUCCUUGCACGGUGUGCGGUAAAAGAUUUUCCCAGCAGUCACAUUUGAAAGUUCACACUCGAGGACACACUGGAGAGAAACCUAUUCCUUGCAUGAUGUGUGGUAAAAGAUUCGAUAAUCAAAGUACUUUAAAAAAGCACACAAGAAUACACACUGGAGAAAAACCAUUUGCUUGCACGGUGUGUGGUAAAACAUUCACUCAGCAGUCACAAGUGGAAGAACACACAAGAAUACACAUUGGAGAGAAACCUUUUUCCUGUGCAGUUUGUGGUCAAAGGUUCUCUAAGAAGAUAUCCUUGAUAGGACACACAAGAACACACACGGGAGAAAAGUUUUCUUGUUCAAUGUGUGGUCAGCGAUUCACAAAUAGUACAAACUUGACUGAACAAAGAAGAAUCCACACUGGAGAGUAAGACAGUAUUACUCUUUAAAAAACUAAAGUUGUGCAAAAGAACGACUUUUAACGUUGCUCACUGACAUGAUGAUGAAAUGUCUGCAAUGUUUGUUUCAUUUAUCACAUUUAUGAAGACACUUUUCUUCUUUAAUAAAAGAAACGCACACAAGG